ACACUCUUAUCAGUCUACUGUGUAGGCAUGUAACAAAAAUAUUAUCAUUUUAAAGGCAAUUUUGAUUAACUGCCAGCUUUGCUUGCUUUGUUUCGUGAAUAAAAGUGUGUACAAAUGACAGAAUCGUAAGUUUGGAGUUAUUCAGAGUUAAAUCUAGUCGUUUAGUUCGAAUUGACCUUUGGUGAGACAACAUUAUUUUAAUCGUUCGACUGAAAAUGGAACAUAAGGAAAGGGUUUUAUUGGAGGGUCCACCACAACGUUUGGAAAAUCAAUAUUCGAGACUAUUCACGAAAAAUGCAAAACAAUUUUUAUAUGAAAUUGUAACUGAAUUUGACUCCAAAGUUGAUGCAUUAUUAUUAGAACGUGAGAAACGUCGUAUUGAUAUCGCAAAGGGAAUUUGGAAGCCGGAAUUCAAAAAGGCCGAAAAGAGUGAUUGGAAAAUUUCGGAAAUUCCAGAGAGAAUCAAAAAUAGAAAACUCGAUUUGGGCGACAUUAGCCCAGCAAAUACAAUUGGUUUCACCGAUGCAUUGUACGCGGAUGUACAAGGAAUUCAGGUCGAUUUUGAUGACGGUCAUUGUCCAACCUGGCGCAACACAGUAUUGGGUCUUUACAAUGUCACGAGUGCUGUGCACUCGAUGUUACCGAAUGGGCCAGCUAAUAUUGAAAAGGCGCCAAUUUUAUGGCUACGUCCACGAGCCUUCAAUAUGAUUGAACAUCAUUGCAUGGUGAAUGGAAAAGAAGUGUCGGGACCAUUAUUUGACUUUGCAUUGUUAAUGUAUCACAAUGCCCAACGUAUGCACAGCUUGAAAAUUGGACCAUACUUCUAUUUGUCCAAGAUCGAAGAUCCAUCUGAAAGUGCGUUAUGGAAUGAAAUUUUCAAAUGGGCCCAAAUCCGUUUAUCGAUUCCUCUACAGACAAUAAAAAGUAUCAUUUUGAUAGAAAACAUUCUCGCUGCAUAUACAAUGGAACAAAUAUUGUAUUCCAUACGUGAUCACAUAAUCGGGCUGAAUUGUGGCAUCUGGGAUUAUUCGGCUAGUAUUAUAUCUAAAUUUGGAAAUAAUCGUGAAUUUUUAAUACCCGAUCGAAACAAGUAUGUGAAUGUGUCGAAACGCUUUUUAUCGGCGUAUAUGCGUCUUGUGAUAAAUACGUGUCACAAACGAAAUGCUCUUGCAACUGGAGGCAUGGCGGCCUUAGUCCUACCCGCUGGGAAAGAGAAUACAGUGAAUAAGCGAAUCACUGAAAUAAUCGAUAAGGUCUAUAAUGGGAAAAAGGCAGAGAUUGAAAUGGGAGUUGAUGGUUUUAUGGUGCAUGAUAUUCGACUUGUACCACACAUGAAUAAAUUGUGGCUGGACAAAUGUGGACCAGCAGACAAUCAAUUAAAAAUUGUGCCAAAUGUAGACGAUAUAAGUGAGAGAACUUUACUCGAAAUACCACAGGGUGGUGUUACAAUUGAUGGUUUGCGGCACAAUAUUUCGGUUGCCUUACUAUUUAUUUAUCAUUGGUUAUCGGGAUUGGGGGUGUUUUAUUACAAGGGAGCAGUUGAAGAUAGCGCAACAGCCGAAAUAAGUAGAUCUCAACUUUGGCAAUGGAUUCGAUUCAACGCUCCAAUCGAAGACAGUGAGGACGAUCGCUAUAAUUUUGUUACACGGCGAUUAAUUUACAAACACAUUGAUGAUAUUAUCGCAAAUCUACGUAAGACUCUGAGUUGCACUACAUCCGAUAUGAAACGUCUUAUUUCGUCUAAAUAUAUUCUACUUGAGAUAAUUUCGUCAAAAAAUUACAUUGAAUAUAUAACAACGUUUUUGAAUGACAACCAUAAAUUUCGUGCUUUACACAAUAAAAGCGACGGAUUGGAGAGCAAAUUGUAAUGGUAUUUAUAUCUUAAUCCGUAUAAUUGUUGGGAAAUAAAAAGAUUGGACACAAA